CAGCUGUAAUUUGAGAGCAGAGAGAUCCUCAGGAUAUCAUUAGCCAAAGGAAAAGCUCCACAUUCCCACCCAGUCCAGAAGUUGAAAUCGUAUCAGAAGGCAACAGCCUUUCUCUCCAGCUACUCGAUCCAUCUCUCAGGAGCAAGGGGGAACUCCGAGGGAGAGUGGGGCACCAGAGCCCCGGAGCAGGGGUUCCCUCUCCUGCCUGUGAUCCCACCGCCACCGCCUGGAAGGAGCAGGCAGCGUUCCUGCCCAGAGCACAGGAGCAAGAGCCUGGGUGCACCCUGUGCUGUGUGGCCGUGCUCCCCAGGCACCGGUGACACAGCCACAUGAAGCCAGCUGGGGAGGGGGGGCCAGGGUGCAGCAAGCCAGCGGGAACUGAGGCUAUCGCUGUCUUGGGGAGGCACUGACUCCCAGGGGGACCCCCCUUCUUCGUGCCUGGGCGGACGGUCUUCUCCCGGGGUCCCCAGUCACCCUGACUAUCCAGGAUGGUGUUCCUGAAGUUCCUCUGGAUGGGUUUCUUCUGCCACCUGUGUCAGGGCUACUUCGAUGGCCCUCUCUACCCGGAGAUGUCCAAUGGGACUCUGCACCACUACUUCGUGCCUGACGGGGACUAUGAAGAGAAUGAUGACCCUGAGAAGUGCCAGCUGCUCUUCAGGGUGAGUGACCACCGGCGCUGCUCCCAGGGGGAGGGGAGCCAGGCUAGCAGUCUGCUGAGCCUCACCCUUCGGGAAGAGUUCACCGUGCUGGGCCGCCAGGUGGAGGAUGCUGGGCGUGUCCUGGAGGGCAUCAGUAAGAGCAUCUCCUACGACCUGGAUGGGGAAGAAAGCUAUGGCAAGUACCUGCGGCGGGAGUCCCACCAGAUCGGGGAUGCCUACUCCAACUCGGACAAGUCCCUCACUGAGCUGGAAAGCAAGUUUAAGCAGGGCCAGGAACAGGACAGCCGGCAAGAAAGCAGGCUCAACGAGGACUUCCUGGGGAUGCUGGUCCACACCAGGUCCCUGCUGAAGGAAACGCUUGACAUCUCUGUGGGGCUCAGGGACAAAUACGAGCUACUGGCCCUCACCAUCAGGAGCCAUGGGACCCGGCUAGGUCGGCUGAAAAAUGAUUAUCUUAAGGUGUAGGUGGAAGGGCAAACUGCCAGGGAGAGGGCACAAAGUGAGCCCCGUUGUGGAGGGUGGGGACAGGAGACAGGGCUAACGUUUCUUUUGUACUUCUUAUUUUUUAUAUCUGGAUUUGCACUUGGAGAAUGAUCUGAAGUGAUCUUUGAGAAAUAAGUGAGAGUCGAGUUGUUUCGUUUUUGUACAUUAUUUAUGGGAUUGCUAUUGAUUUACUUGGAAAGAACAACUUAAAGCCAUGCCUCUUGCCUUUGCUAGAGACUUUAUAACUCUGCAGAGACACCUGUUUCAGCCACAUCUAGAAGGACACAGUUUGUGCGGUAGGAAGCGAUUAAAAUUCCCCACCCUGGAGAUUAUGUGAAAAUACUCAGAGAGGAUAGUGCAGAGCUCCUUUUCGCCUUCAGCCUUCACUCUUGGGCUCUGAAAAUUGUCAGCUGUCUGUUUUUCAGAUGAGGUCUGAGGUGCUGCUCAGCCUUCCUGCCAGCUGAUGGAAUUUGCCAGUUUCUUGUUCUCUUUUUCUCUCUUAUUUAUUAACCAUGGUCUCCAAGGUUUUGUUUUUUGUUUGGGGGGUUUUUUGUGCAUUCUUCGUUUUUUGUUUUGCUUUGUUUUGUUUUUUGUUAUUCGUAAGAGUAUCGCCUAAAAUUUGUACGCAAAUCGUCCUUUGCAGGGCAUGUCCAAGGGGCCUCUAUGAGUGUUAAGCUGAAGUGGCCACAUUUAAGAAGUCCAAGCUUUGUGGUUGGUACAGACUCAAUGUUGCUGAGCUGAUUUGUUGUGUCUCUCAUUGUAUGCCUGUGUCCUCAGAGCUACAGUCCGUCACAAAAAAGUAGAUAGAUUGUUUGAACCCACCCCUGAAUGCCGAUGAUGUAGGUUACCAAUGUAUUUGUUCUGGGUUUGCGGAUUUUGCUUCUGUUUGAGUACUGGAAACUUGUACUUCAAGUAGGGGGGAUUCUAAUUCUAAUAACUCCUUCACUUAGUUUUAUUAUUCAGCCAAUAAAUAUGUUCUCGUAU